UUUAAUUUUAAAAUAGUAAAAUGUAUUUACAAAAUCCUGGCCUCCUUUACGAAUUCAGAUCUAUAGCAUAGAGUAGAAAGUAAAUUUGCCAAAAUUGAAUAGUAGAAAUGAAGAUUAAGCCAGCAAUGUUAUUGCAAAUUAGCAAAUCCUAUAAUAAACUAGCCAAAGCUGACAAUUAUCCUAGGUGGAACUAUUUUCAAAGGCUGUUUGGUAGACAUUUUUCUCAAACUGAAACUCCAACUACCAACUCCAUUCUUAAUGCUUCAUCCAUGGAAUCCCAUAACUCACAGAAGAAGGCAACUGAUUCAACAUGGGUUUCAAAGAUUGUAUUGUAUUCUUUCUGGCAAAGUUCUUGUUCUUGGAGAGUUCGCUUCGCCUUAAAUCUCAAAGGGCUUUCUUAUGAAUAUAGAGCAGUCAACAUUGACAAAGGAGAACAGUUCACUUCAGAGUUUGAUAAAUUAAAUCCUCUUCAUUAUGUUCCUGUAUUGGUUGAUGGUGAUGUGGUAAUUUCGGACUCCUAUGCAAUUUUACUGUAUUUAGAAGAGAAGUAUCAUCAGAGACCCCUCUUGCCUGUUGAACCUCAAUUAAGAGCUCUCAAUCUUCAGGCAGCAAGUAUUGUGAGCUCUAAUAUGCAGCCAUUUCAUAUGUUGUCAGUGCUGAGGUACAUGGAGGAAAGGGUUGGUCCUGAAGAGAAACAAUUAUGGGUGAACUUUCAUAUACAAAAAGGCUUUGGAGCUCUUGAAAAAUUGCUGACGGAGUCUGCUGGAAAGUAUGCUACCGGAGAAGAAGUGUACAUGGCGGACGUGUUUUUGGCACCUCAAAUUGCAGUGGCUACUAAAAGGUUUAACGUUGACAUGUCUGAGUUUCCCACCUUAAGGAAGAUAUAUAAUUCUUGUGAAGCAUUACCAGAAUUUAAAGCUUCUUUGCCAGAACGACAGCCUGAUGCUGCCCUAUGAGUUGCAAGAAAAAAAAUUAAGACCUUAGGUUAUAUUUGAUGUAAUGUAAAAUGUUCAAGAUCAGUUUUUUUAUGAAAGAAAAGAUUGUUGACAAAUUUUGUAUGGAAGUCUUGUAUUAUGACUGAGAAGUCAGGUUAUUCGGAUUUUUUUUUUUUU